AAAAACAAACAAAAACCCCCCAAAAAUACAAAAAUAAGAGGAGCUAGUGAUAAGAAAACGAGAAUGAGUCACAGCCCCUGUUGAGAUGCUCACAUCAAAAUCACAAGAGAAGCAUUUUUCCAAAUGACUCGAGCUGUGUGCUGCCAGGGGGGUGGCAGGAGCAGAGGACAGACCUUUUGAUUUGUGAUGGGGGCCAGCUCUAAGGGUGCCACUCCUGUUAUCAAUAAGCUACAAGUUUCAUGUCUGUUCUUAUUCCAAGGGAGAGGGCAAGAGCCUGUGAGGCACCACAGAAAUGGCUGUUGUGGAGGCCACGUUCCCGCCCACCAACCUCACCUUUGGCAACCAAAGCAGCUGCAAUGUGCACAACCACCACUUCUCUACCAAAGUCAUCUUCUCACUCUUCUACAUCACCCUGCUGGUGUUUGGCGCCUGUGGGAAUGUCCUGGCUCUCUGUAUCACCUUCCAGAGCAGGAAGAAGAAACUCAACUCCACUGACCUUUACCUGGUGAACUUGGCCCUCUCCGAUGCCCUCUUCACCCUGGCACUGCCAGGCAGGAUUGCCUACUACAUCCUGGAGUCUGAUUGGCCCUUUGGGGACUGGUUCUGUCGGGUCACAGCUUUCAUUUUCUACAUGAACACCUAUGUGAGCAUCUACUUCAUGACCUGUGUGAGUGUGGACCGCUACAUUGCUGUGGUGCGCACCAGGCACCCUGGCAGGAUUCGGAAGAUGAGCCGUGCCAGGGGCAUCUGUGUCCUCAUCUGGUCCUUGGUGUUCCUGCAGACGGCGCCGCUGCUUCUGCGGCCCAUGACACGGAGGAUGGGGGACAAGCUGACGUGCAUGGAGUACUUCAACUUCGAGGAGAUUCCCAAGCUGCCCUACCUGCUCCUGGUGGCCUGCGUGCUUGGCUUCUUCCUGCCUGUUGGCAUCAUCUUGGUGUGCUAUGUGAGGAUCAACCUCAAACUCUGCCAGACAGCCAAGGAGAACCCACUGACGGUGAAGAACGGGCACCACCACCGGGCCUUCACUGUCAUCCUGGUGGUGCUGCUGGCUGUCCUGCUCUGCUUCAGUCCCUACCACCUCAACAUUGUCCAGUUCAUGGUCAGGAAGAUCCUCUACCAGCCAUCCUGCCAUGAGCAGCAAGCCUUCAAGAUGUCGCUGCAAGUCACUGUGGCAUUCAUGAACUUCAACUGCUGCAUCGACCCCAUCAUCUACUUCUUCGCCUUCCGAGGCUACAAGAGGAGGCUGCUCCGCAUCUUCAGGAACAGCGGCUCGCUGGCUACCUCCUCUACUGCCAAGACCCCCUCUGAGAGCAACAGCAACAGCCAGCCCCCUGGCUCCACCUCUGUCUAGCAGAACAACCCAUUCCCUUUUGCUCUGGCCUAUGGACCAUCCCUGACAGCAGGAACCAGAGUUGAGCUGCAGGACCAGCACCUUCAACAAGCUUCCUUGCUCCCGUGUCUAGAGCCAGGGGCUCCCACAAAGCCAACCUGUCUGGGAUACAGCUCUGCCUGGCUCUGCACAGGCCUGUGCUCAGCACUGCUACACUUGCACCUGCCAUCCUGGAGCACAGAGAGACAAAUUUUCAUCCCAGCCGCACAGAAGGCAACUAAUGCAGCUGCUCUGGCUGGCAAACCCAGCUGGAUGUUUCCCAGCACUGCGCUGCACCCCUUUCCCAUGCCUGUCCCACAUCCCCCAUGGGUCUGGGGGCUGCUGGUAGCCACCAUGGCCGUCCCUCUGUCUCCUUCCCUUGCACUGCCCCUGGAGCACUGGAGCAGCACCCCUGCAAGCCUCAGGGCAGCCUACAUGGAGCAGUCAGGCUCUGGGCACUUUAGGAGAAGUCUCGGAUGUUACUUCCAUGCAGAAAAUGGUCUAUAGCUCCUUUCUGCCACAAAUAAACAGCACAUCUGCUCUGUCCCUGCUCAGCAUCUCACUCCUGUACCCGGGCUCUGUGUGGGGUAAGCAGUAAGUGCGGGGCCUGUGGGAGCUGCUGGAAAAGCCCUUUCUCAAAUGAGAGGGGGGAGGAUGUGAAUUUGUAGAGCUCCCGGGAGUGCUGCUGCCUGUGUCCUCCCACUUGGCUGGCUGCUUCUUCCCCAGAGUGCUCUUCCUUACACCUGAGGGCACUGCAGUCACCCCAGGACCCACUGCUAGGAAGGGGAUAGUGGGGAUGGCCUGCCUCCCAGCUCAGCCCCACAGCUGCAAACCUGCCCUGGAUGUACUCACUGGGGAAACCUUCCCACCACUCCUUAAUUUGAAGGGAGUGGAGGAAUAGGGACAAGAGGGCGAGGACUAAGAGUGGCCUUAUGUGACCUUGACUGACCUUUGCUUGAAGCCAGUGCCCUGACAAGUCCAAGAGCUUUGCUAAAAGCAGGUUAAGAGUGACUAUUGCCAGAGUAAAAGGCGGAGCCCUGAGACAUCAGGGUUCUGUCGAGGUUUGUACCUGUGAAACAAGGAGAAAGUUGGCAGGAUCCUCCUUGGCUUUUUUCUGAAGUCACUGGACUACAAAAAAACCCCCAAAACCCACAUGUAGGAUUUACAGUUUCUGGGAUGUCUGGCCUUUUGUUUGAGGUUGGAAGGGACAGAGAUAUGCACAGAGACAUAAAGAGGAAAAAAAAGCUGCUUUAUUUUGCUGAAAAGUAUACUGAAGAAGUUUCAUGAAUGGACUUUUGAUUAAUACAAAUAAUUCUUUAAGGUAAUAUUAUGCCUAGAAAGUUAAUAAUAGUCACAUGCAGUCCUUUACUGUUUUAAAUAUGCAUGAAUGAGAUUUUGGAUAAUGAUGGUUUUACUUAUGGUAUAGGUAACUGUAGCAUCCUGAAGGCUGACUAAGAGGGAUGCCUAAAAUAAUUCAGGUUAAAUGGAACUCCAGUAUGUCCUUUCCAGAGACUAUCUGAGCCCUCCUCAAAGCAGGUCUAACCUCAGUUCUGGCCUGCAGAGAGCCUUUGUCCUAAAAGGCAUGGUACAACGGACAAGGAAGAGCUGGGAUGUAAUAGUAUAAGGAUAUCAGUGGUCUGAUAUAAACAUAACCUUGUUUGGUCCUCAUUGGACUCCAUUUUUCUCACAAGUAUUUUACUAACAAAAGUACUUUCAUCAUCUUAGCACCAGUAGAAGCCUUUGGAGUAGGAAAUAGGUGAACAGUUGGGUGCAGUGCUGCCAAAUGCAGAAGGGAUGCUGCCUCCCUCCUCUGGAUGGAUGCCAGCCUUGGGCCCUUUGCUUUUUAGAAUACCCACGCAGGGACAGCAGGCAAUUAGCUGGAGCUGAGGGAACAUCCAUGGGAUGGAGAGGGAAGGGACUUGGGCAGAAUGGGUCAGGAGGAGUCUGGGCAAAGGAGAACUCUAAGGAACUUGUAUUGCCCAGACUAGCUUGCCCACCUGGGCCAGCUUGCUGGCUGCUUGAAAAUGGAGCAUUUCACUAAAAUUGAAGAGAAACCAUUUUGUCUAGAGGCACAGCAACACUUUUGCUACUCUUCAUAAUUCACCUGCUCAAUCCAAGCUCGUCACAUGAUGCUCACUGUGCCCCCUGCCCCAGCAGCUCCUGCCUUCUGCCACGCUUUGACUCGCCAGCAAACCCUUGGAAUCAGAGAAGCACAGAAUCCCAGAGUCAUUUAUGCUGGAAAAGACCUCUGAGAUCAUUGAGUCCAACCAUUAACUGAGCACUGCCAAGGCCACCACUAAACCACGCCUGUAAGUGCAAUAGCUACAUGUCUUUUAAAUACCUCUCCACUGACUCUGCAUGGCUGCUGCUCCUGCCUUGCCUCCAACCCUCCUGGAGUGCAAACCUCCCGAAGCUCCCCGGCUGCUGCCCAGGGCCAGGGUACCUGUGUCGGAGAGAGCCCAAAGGACGCAGUGCCCACCCCGACGAUGCCACAGGGCGAGAGAGACAACACCGGUUCCUGCCGAAAGAGGGAGUCGAAACCUUUGUUCGGUGUUAAAGACACGCACGGACCUAAGAAAAUAAUGACUGAUGCAGCCAGUGCUCUCCCCACGCAACUGCUGCCCUACAGGAACGUGACGCCUUUCACAAGCCGUGUGGUUGUGGAUUGUCUGGGAAGCACGCGACAGCACACUGGGAUCCAAAGGCAUUCCAUGCAGACUUAGUACUGCACAGUACACGGGUAUUUCUUGCUGUUCUGCAGCCUAUUGCUGCCAUACGUUUCUCCUCUUUCCUAAGAAGAGAAAAUUGCACUUUCAUCUUAAGGCAGAGAGUAUACUUUGUGGACACACAACAUGUACAGGUAAUACACAUACAGAUACAGGAUAUACUAUAUAUGUAUACUAUAUAUUUACUAUGCUCUAUAUACAUGCUGGCUGCAUCAAAAGAAUGUCCUGGGCUGCAUCAAAAGCAACAUGGCCAGCAGGCCAAGGGAGGUGAUUUUGUCGCUCUAUACCACUUUGGUGAGAGCCCACCUGGAGUACUGCAUCCAGCUCUGGAGUCCCCAGUACAGCAAAGACAUGGACCUAUUGGCUUAAGUCCAGAAGAGGGCCACGAAGAUGACACAAGGUCUGGAGCACCUCUCUAUGAAGACAGGAUGAGAGAGCUGGGGUUGUUCAGCCUGCAGAAGAAUCCCUGGAGACCUUAAAGCAGCCUUCCAGUACCUGAACAAUCCUGGAAAGCUAGGUACCUAAAGCAUACAAGAAGGCUGGAGAGGGACUCUUGACAAGAGCAUGUAGUGAUAGGACAAGGGAGAAUGGCUACAAACUGAAAGAGUGCAGGUUUAGUUAAGAUAUUAGGAUGAAAUUCUUUACUGUGAGGAGAGCGAGACACUGGAACAGGUGGCCCAGAGAAGCUGUGGAUGUCUGACCCGUGGAAGUGUUCAAGGGCUGGUUGGAUGGAGCUUUGAGACUUGGUCUAGUGGAAGGUGUCCUUGCCCACGGCAGGGGGGUUGGACAGAGCUCAAACAGCAUUGCUUUUUCCCUCAGCAGUGGUUCUCAACUUAUGCUUUCAGCUAAAAGCAAAAAUUUCCAAGAGAGCACUGGGGGACAACAGCUCCUGGUUGCAGUCACACAUUAUUUGCUAGUAAACUCCCUGUGCUGUGCAACACAUCUCUUCAGUCCGUGCUUUAAAUUGUCCUCAACUGAAGCUAUUGCAUUCACACAUAAUAUUUGUAAGCCAUCUUUGUAUGCCAGCAAAAUACUGUAAUGUAAAAAUGCACAUAUCUACUAAAAAUAAA